GCCAGAGGAGUUUCUGCCCAUCCGUCUUCACUCAGCUAUCUCGGAGCAGCCAACUGCAUGGCUAGAAGUGAGGGGUUUCUUUAGUGGAGAGGUUACUAGCUCUCUUCAGGACAUUGUGUUAAAGCCUGAUCUCAGGAGGAACUAGAACUCUACGCACCAAGGCACCACAACACAGCCUUCCUCUCUUACUGCAGGUGGCAAGAGAAAAUAGUUUGAUCAAGGUUAUCUGCAAAGUCCCAGGGGAAUACAGAAGACACUUGCUUUUCUUGACCGAGUUGUACAAUUCUUCACCAAGGAGGUAGCCCUGGAUCUGACCAGUGAAUAAAAGGGAGAUUAGUGCAGAAAUAUAUCAGAGAAGCAGCAAGUCAUGCACCCCCCAAGAGCUCCAGGUGGGGUGCUGAGAGCCUGGCCCUUCUCUAGGCUGUGUGGAGUUCCCCAUCCAACUCUGUUCCAAAUGACGUUGGUCGCUUCUCUGUUGGCCACUGUUCUUGGUAGAUGUGGUCCCCCACCUGCCUUACUAUUUGCUUCUCCCACAAAGGAGUUGAAUGAGACAGAGUUCCCAACUAACACUGUCCUGAGAUACACAUGUCGCCCUGGCUACAUCAGACUCCGUUCAGAUCAGACACUGACCUGCAGACUCAACGGCCAGUGGAAGUACGAAGUCUUCUGUGCCAAGAAACCAUGCAGAAAUCCAGGAGACUUACCUCAUGGCACAAUUGAAAUUAAGACAGAUCUUGCUUUUGGAUCAAAAAUAGAAUUCAGCUGUUCAGAAGGGUAUAACUUAAUUGGCCCAACCAGUAGUGUUUGUGAGAUCAAAGAGAAAGGAGUUGAUUGGAGCACUCCUUUUCCAGUAUGUGAAAUUAUUAAGUGUACAUCCCCUCCAGACAUCAGCAAUGGGAAACACAGCGGUAGAGAUGAAGACUUCUACACAUAUGGUUCCUCAGUCACCUACAGCUGCGACCACCCCUACUCACUCGUAGGCAAUCCUUCCAUUUCCUGUAUGGUGGUGAAUAAAACAGCUGGUGUCUGGAGCCCCAGCCCUCCGACCUGUGAGAGGAUCAUCUGUCGCCAGCCAAUUGUUCAAUAUGCAAAUAUUGUUUCUGGAUUUGGACCCAUCUAUACUUUAAAAGAUUCUAUUGUGUUUAGCUGCCAGAAAGGUUUUGUCCUUCGAGGCAGCAGUUUAAUCCGCUGUGAAGCUGAUAACAAGUGGGAUCCUUCUCCUCCUGUUUGUGAGCAGCGUAGCUGUGUUGACUUACCAGACAUUCCAAAUGCUCACUGGGACAGAAAUAAGUGGCCAAGUGAAGGCCAUGUGUAUUCACCUGGGACAGUGUUAAAGUACUACUGUAAUCCUGGCUACAGACCUGCUACAUAUGAGCCUACAACUGUGAUUUGUCAGAGUGAUUUCAAGUGGAGCCCAUUCAAAGGGUGCAAGAAGGUAUGUUGCCCAAGACCAGAGGUGAAGAAUGGUAGAAGCAUGGAAACAAAGGAAGUUGUUAACAUCGACUGUCCCUUUUCCUACAACCAAGUAUUUCACUAUAGAUGUGAUGGUGAGACUCAGAGACGUACAGCCACGUGCCAAUCCAAUGGCGCAUGGAGACCCUCUGCCCCAUUUUGCAGUCAAGGCUCACACUCUACCACUUUUGUGUCUCACCAUCAAGGCUGUUAUCUGCCUCCUGCAAUUGCCCAUGGACAUUAUACAAAAGUUUCAUCAUAUUUCUCAACUCCAUCAUUUGAAUAUAAAUGUGAUGAAGGUUAUAAGCUAGUUGGACAAAACACUCUUUCCUGCAAGGAUUCACAGUGGUCAUCUGAAGCACCCCAAUGUAAAGCGCAGUGUCUGCAACCAAACAUAGAAAACGGAAAGCUGUCUGUGAAUAAGUCUCAAUAUAUUGAGUCUGAAAAUGUCACCAUCCACUGUGACUCUGGUUUUGAAGUAAAGGGUUCCCAAAGUAUCAUGUGCUCAGAGAAGGGAACCUGGUACCCAGAGGUGCCCAAGUGUGAGUGGCAUCUCUUUCAGGAGGUACCGGAAGGCUGUGAACAGGUGGUCAUAGGCAGAAAGUACAUGCAGUGCCUCACAAGCCCAGGUGAAGUGCAGAUGGCCUUGCAGUUGUAUAAGCUGUCUCUGGAGAUUGAACUUCUGCGACUACAGAUAGACAAAGCAAUGCAGUCUACUCAGGGAUCAUAGCUGUAACCUUUUCCCAAAGAGGGAGAAAAGGAUGCCUGGAUGUCUUGUUGUCUCCUAUUCCAUGUAGACCAACUUAGCCAUUCUUCUGUCACAUUGCACCUUUAUUCAUGAUAAUAAAUACUUAGAGAGGAUAACUGGUCAAAGUGUAGUGCUUCAUGAUUAUGGAAUUACUGAUCAUCUGUGCCUCAUAUAUUUGCUUCUCUUCAUGCAAAAUAUACAUUUUUCAAUUAAAAAGCUACAUGGCACAAUCAA